AAUUUCAGACAAGUCUUAAAGAGAAGAAGCCUGUUUUGUCGGCUUUUGAUCGGCUGAUUCUUCUUCAAACGAACCUCGCUUGACAUUUCUUUUGCCAUUCAUUUCCGAUUUCGCCUUCACACAGUUUAGGGCUCCUCCCCCACGUUAAAUUCAGAUCGGAGAGAACUAAGGAGAAGAACUAGCCAAUCAUGUCCAGGCAAGUCGCAAGGAGGCUCAUCGGAUCUCUGUCAUCAAAAGCUCGCCGUUGCUCAAGCGAAGUUUUCCCGUCGUGCCAGACUCUCAGUUCGCUGACCCAAUCUCGCUCCUUCGCGUCGGAUCCCCCCGCGGCCGUCUUCGUCGACAAAAACACCAGAGUCAUGUGUCAAGGCAUCACCGGAAAGAACGGGACUUUUCACACUGAACAAGCCAUUGAGUACGGCACCAACAUGGUGGCAGGAGUGACACCAAAGAAGGGUGGAACAGAGCACUUAGGCCUCCCUGUUUUCAACUCUGUUGCUGAAGCCAAGGCUGAGACCAAAGCCAAUGCUUCUGUGAUUUACGUUCCUGCGCCUUUCGCUGCUGCUGCUAUUAUGGAAGGUAUACAAGCUGAGUUGGAUCUUGUUGUCUGCAUCACCGAAGGAAUCCCUCAACAUGACAUGGUACGCGUAAAGCAUGCUCUUAACAGCCAGUCAAAAACUAGGCUGAUUGGUCCAAACUGCCCUGGGAUUAUCAAGCCUGGUGAAUGCAAGAUUGGGAUUAUGCCUGGAUACAUCCACAAGCCUGGCAAGAUUGGGAUUGUCUCUCGUUCUGGAACCUUAACUUAUGAAGCUGUUUUCCAAACAACUGCAGUUGGUCUAGGCCAGUCUACUUGUGUAGGAAUCGGUGGGGAUCCUUUUAACGGGACAAACUUUGUUGACUGCUUGGAGAAGUUCUUUGUUGAUCCUCAGACAGAAGGUAUUGUUCUCAUUGGAGAAAUAGGAGGCACUGCUGAAGAAGAUGCUGCAGCUUUGAUAAAGGCAAGUGGUACUGAGAAGCCUGUUGUUGCUUUCAUUGCUGGACUCACUGCACCACCGGGUCGUCGAAUGGGUCAUGCAGGAGCUAUUGUUUCCGGUGGGAAAGGGACAGCUCAGGACAAGAUUAAGAGUCUAAAUGAUGCAGGAGUGAAGGUUGUUGAAUCACCGGCUAAGAUAGGAGCGGCUAUGUAUGAUCUCUUUAAAGAAAGAGGUCUUUUGAAGCAGUGAAGUUGAGUCUCACACUCACUAGCUCCUUCUUCUUGAAACCUUCAAGAAGAAAACAAACAAGAAACCCUAAUUCAUCAACCGUUGAUGGAUGGAUUGCACAUUCUUUUGGGGUUGUUUUUCUAAUUCGAUGAUAAUCAAAAGAUUCGACAAUGAGAAGAUAAAAAACAGCUUUUGUUUACAUGCUUGAAUGAAUAAAUUGAAAUUGCUUUGAAA